AUGGUCUUUAUCAAGGCAACCUUCGCGUCCAUUUUUGUCUCCCUCCUGGCAUGUGCCACCGCUGUGGAAGUACCUAAGACCGAUUACGAUGUCAUCGUGGUCGGCGGUGGUCCCGCAGGUCUCAGUGCAAUCAGUGGUGUCUCCCGUGUCCGCCGAACGGCUCUCUUAAUUGAUAGCCAAGUAUAUCGCAAUGCUGCGACCCGGGAAAUGCACGAUGUCAUUGGCAAUGACGGUACCCCACCCGCUGCUUUCAGAACACUGGCUCGCGAGCAGAUCCUGAAGUACCCGACUGCCCACAUUACCAACGAGACUGUGGAGUCAAUCGUUCCUUUCAAACAGGGUGACUUCUCUGCCUUCACUGUGACCGACAGCCAGGGCAAGAACUACACUGCCCGUAAAAUUGUGCUUGGUACAGGUGUCCGUGACGUUCUACCAGCUACUCCUGGCCUUCAGGAAGGAUGGGGCAAGGGUAUCUUCUGGUGUCCUUGGUGCGAUGGCUAUGAACACCGGGACCAGCCAUUCGGAAUGAUCGGUGAUAUCACCGAUAUGCUGAGUAACGUGUUGGAAACUCACACUCUGUACACCGAUAUUAUUGCAUUUGUGAACGGCUCGCAAACCGCAGAUGGCGAGGCCCGGGCAACGGCCAAGGUCGCAGACUGGAAGGACCAACUGGCCGCCUGGAACACCACCAUCGACAACCGCACAAUCACUUCCAUCGAGCGCCUUCAGGAUGGUGGCAAGGAUAGAGACGAAAAGGAACAUAAGCAGUUUGAUAAGUUCCGCCUUCACUUCACUACUGGCGAGCCUGUCGAGCGCAAUGCUCUGAUUGUCAACUUCCCAACUGUCCAGACCUCCACACUUCCAGCCAAGAUGCACUUGGGCAUGGUUGGUGAUAAGAUCAAUGUUACCAGCGGAAUGCGUACCAGUGAGUCUGGUGUCUUUGCUGUUGGUGAUGCCAACAGUGAUGGUAGCACCAAUGUACCACAUGCGAUGUUCAGCGGCAAGAAAGCUGCUGUUUUUGUUCACGUGGAAAUGUCUCGUGAGGAGUCGUCAUCCAAGAUCUCGAAGCGCACUGGUCUCUCUCAACGUGAGCUUGAGAAGGAGGCCACUCGUGCUAUUGGCAACAACCUAGAUGAACAAUGGAAGCAGGCUCAGAAGUGA